CGCUGCCUCCGUUCUUAGGAGGAGGCAUCGGGCGGAGAACUGCUGUUAGUUUGCGCUGUGUUUAUUGUUAAGGUUGUGUGGAUCAGCACUGCGGAACCGACCCGGUUUUAUUUUCAUAAUAUCAACAAUAAAGCUUUAACGAUGAGUUAAAGAUGCGAGACCCCUCCUGAGCUGUCUACUUGGGAUGACAGCCGGCGUUUCCAGUGGCUGACGGGGAAGGAAUUUAUCAAACACACAGAAAAACAUGAGUGAAGGAAAGGUGAAAGAAGAAACCAUGACUCCGCACCAGAACUGAUCUCGCACCAGUUUCCUUUGGAAUACACGCCUCGUCUACCGCCAAUGGCUAACUCUGUGGCCUUAGUGGUCCAAGCAGAACUUUUGCCACCUCAGUCCGCCGCCUCGCUCUCGCCCUUCCCGUCCCUGCUCGGCUCAGGAGAGGACGGUGAGGACGAGGGGGAGAGGGGGGAGCUGGAGGAGGGAGACAAGGGGGUCGUAGAAGGUGGAGAGGAGGUGGUUCUGGACAUGGUGACGUCAUCCGUGCCGGGCGCAGCCCAGCAGCCCAAGCAGUCGGACCAUCCCUUCCAGUGUCUGGACUGUGGCAAGAGCUUCAGGUGGUCGUCCAGGCUGACGCACCACCAGCGGAGCCACAAUAAUGAGAGACCCUACAGGUGCAACCUCUGCCCCAAGGCCUUCAAGGGCUCCUCUGCUCUGCUCUACCACCAACGGUCUCACUCAGGGGAGAAGCCUUACAAAUGUCAGGAUUGUGGCAAAGCCUUCAAACGCUCUUCUCUGCUCCAGGUCCAUCAGAGUGUCCACACUGGAGUGCGAACCUUCUUGUGUCCCUAUUGCCCCCUUACCUUUAAAUGGAGUUCCCACUACCAGUAUCACCUGCGCCAGCACACUGGAGAAUGCCCAUAUCCCUGUGACACUUGCCCCAAGGCCUUCAAGAACUCAAGCAGUCUGCGGCGGCACAAGAAUGUCCACCUUGGUCUCAAGCCUUACACCUGCUCGGUGUGUAACAAGUCCUUUACUCAGUCCACCAACCUAAGGCAGCACAUGAGGAUACAUACAGGCGAGAGGCCAUACAUCUGUGGCGAGUGUGGACGCAGCUUCACACAUUCAUCAAACCUGGCCCUGCACAAGAACUCUCACUCCAACCUCAAUGCAGGAGGGAAGGAGGGAAAGAGAGGAGUGGACGCAAGGGACGCAAUUGUAGAGGUGGUGGUUGGGGCAGAGGAAAUGACGUCAUCCAUGUUGACGGACAUGGUGGGGUUUGUGAGCCAGGACGGAACUGAUGGAGUUGGGGUGGGGAUGGAAGAAGUGUUCCUCUCAACCACCUCGUCCAGCCAGAAUCCAGGCCUACUCCCUCAUCUCACCCUCACUCCCUCUGGGGAGGGCGUGUGUGCAUCCAGGGCCAUCGGGACAGAGGUUCACCUGAGCACUGACACCGGGGCCAGUGUUCUGCUCUACAGCUGUGGCAGCUGCAGCCACACCUUUGGCACACAAACAGACCUGGAGGAGCACCAGGCCAUCCACAUGGCUCCAGAGGAGCAUGGGGCCGGUGGGGAGGCGGGGCCCGGGGCAGGGAUGGAGGUUGGGGAUGGGCUUGUGGGAGCUGGACACCUGCUGGCUGACUUUGAGGAGGUGGUGGAGACUACCACAGUGGUUGAAAAUGGACACACGACAGAGGUGCUCCUUGGACUGACAGAGGUAGCAGAUAACAGCAACGAAAAUGUUGGCGCCACCCAGGCUCAGUUUGACCUGCUGCAGAGCUUCACCGAGGUGACUCAGAGCUCUGAGACCGUUCAGCCAGAGGCCAGAACCACAUGGGCAGGGCUGUCAUGUGGCUACUGCAACAAGACCUUCAAGACCAGUGGAGGCCUCAAUAGACAUGUGUCACUGAUUCACUCUCUUUCAUCACAGUCCCGCUCGCAGUUCAGCUGCUCCGCCUGCGACCGCUCCUUUCCCCUGCUCUCCUCACUCCUCACCCACCAGCACUCCCACACCCCUGAGCAGCGUCUCCUGGCUGAGGCAGAGGCUGAGAUCGUGUGUCCUCCAUCCCUUUCCCUGUCUCUCCCUUUGCCCUCCUCUCCCAGCCAGGCUGACAAGCUCCAGGAGGGCCAGAGGGAGAUCCAUGUCAACAUCAUCACCGUCAGCGAGGAGCAGGAGGAGCAGCCAGCCAAACCGGCCAAAGCCCCCAAAAAGACAGGAGCCAGCAAGAGCAUUCUUGCCGGAGACAGGCCAUACCGCUGUUCAGAGUGUGGAAAAGCCUUCAAAGGUUCAUCGGGGCUAAAGUACCACAUGAGGGAUCACACUGGGGAAAGGCCAUACCGCUGCACUGAGUGUGGAAAGAGCUUCAAAAGGUCGUCACUACUUUCAAUCCACCAGAGGGUACACACUGGCGUGCGGGCAUUCCAAUGUCCUCACUGCCCUCUCACUUUCAAGUGGAGCUCUCACUACCAGUACCAUUUGCGGCAGCACACGGGUGAGAGGCCUUAUGUGUGUAAGGAGUGCGGCAAGUCGUUCAAGAACACCAGCUGUCUGCGUCGACACAGUCAGAUGCACUCUGGACUGCGGCCUCAUACCUGCGCCAUCUGCUCAAAGUCUUUCUCCCAAACAUCGAACCUCAAGCAGCACGAGCGCACCCAUUCUGGCGAGAGACCCUUUCAGUGCACGCACUGCAAUAAGAGCUUUACACACUCCUCCAACCUUCAGCUCCACCUGCGAACUCACUCCUCACGCAAGGAUUUCAAAUGCCCAUACUGCUCAAAGGAGUUUGUCAUGCACUCUUACUUGCAGAGGCACAUCCGUACCCAUGGCAGUGGUGUCCCCCUGCCCUGCCCUGGCGGUGGAGGUAAAGACGGUGUGGCUGUUAAAGCCAGUCUCGGAGGAGUAACAACCACCACAACCCUGUUCAACCCCAUUACCCUGGAAACCUCAGGAAACAACAGCAGCUUGAUUGUGUCCCAACCAGCACUUAAUAUUCCCCCCAACACGUCCCAGAACUACUUUAUGAUUCAGACAGCCAGCGGCCUGCAGCUCAUUCCUCUGUCAUCCCCUACACCCGCCCCUCCACCACCACCUCCACCUCCUCCACCUCCGUCCCAGCCCCAAAACUUCCUCCUCUUGCAGUGCCCUUCCAAUAACGGCAGCCAGUCCAGUUUGAUUCUUGUUCCCACAACAAACAACCCUCCACCAGCUCCGGAGCCUCAGACUCUGCCUGUACUCCAGACAAUCCAAGCACUCUCACCCGUCCUAAACCAAACACAGACUCAGAUACCCCAAUAUCCAGCUGUAUCACAGCAACAACAGCAGACCAGGAUCAUUAUCACCAACAACAAUAACAAUGCAAACACUCCUGUCGCCACGACAACGCACACCCUGUCAACUAACUCCCUACUGACUAAGCCCAUAUUAGGGAAAAGCACACGGACGGCACGCAGCAGACGGGGACGCAAACCAAAAGCUGUUCUUCAGAAGUCUGCGACGGCUCCUGUGAGUCAAACCACAGCUGGAGCACAAAGCGCCACAGAGACUACAGCUGCUAACACUAGCACAGGGUCAUCACCGUCACCUGCAGCCACUGUUUCCUUGUCAGCAUGUUGCACUCCUAUCUCAACAUUCUCAUCCUCCACCUCUGCAGUCCCCACAGUGGACACCUCAGGGCCCCCAUCAUCUGUUACCGUGGCUACACCAGCCACCACAGUAGCCACAGCAUCGGUUUCCACUCCGAUCCCUGCUACUCUGGAAAGGACACCUCAUACCACUGUUGGGCAAAUGAGGACACGGGAGACCGUGACGGGGAAACAGUUUGUGUUAUGUUUUGAUAAUGAAGAACAGGCGAAGGCGGGGAUGAAUAUUGAGGAGGGUGGGGAGUCAUAUGUGUUGCAGUUUGAAGGGGAUUCAUCAGCUGAGGCAGUCGAUGGGGGAAUGGGUGGAGAGGGAAAGUCGCUUGUGCUUCAGUUUAAGACAGAUGGGCAAGGUGAAGGAGGGAAGGGGGGGGAUAAGGGAGGGAUGAUGUCACUUCUGCACAACUGGGGUGGAGAAAAGCACGGUGUGAGACAUACAGGAGAGGAGAGCAACCAGGGAGAGUCCUAUGUCCUUCACUUCCACACUGAGGCACAGGACAGUGGUCCAUCUAGCGCCACCUUCAGCCAAGGGCAAAACAACGGCCUGCAGCUCUCCUGCACACCUACCCGAGGUUUGGUCCCCCUUGAUGGGCAGGAGAUGGUGUUUGAACUGGGGGGUGAGAGCAAAAUGGAGCAAGAAACCGAGGAGGGUAUGCAGAUGAUAGCCCUGAUAGACAGCGAAGGGGCAAUGAUGGGAGAAGACGGGGCAGGGUGCAACGCUGCAAGUGGCAGGGUUACCGAGGGUGGAGGAGCCAUGGAAAAUAUAUUUCAGCUGGAAAACGGAGAGGAAAUUGUCAUAAUUGAGGUCAGCACCAGCAGCCUAAGGGAAGGGGGACUAGAGAGAGGAGGGGACGGGGACAUCUCACAAAGUACCGAGGUCAAAUAUGAGACUGUAGCUGCAGAGGUACAUGAGAAGUCUGUAAAGGAACACAACUCUGCAGCCAGUCCAGAGGUACAGACAUCCACCGAGGAUACAAUGAGGAAUGGACCUACAUCUCAUUCUGACGAGAUGCAGUUCUCUGACUAAAACCUGUGUGAGAGGGAGGGAGAGAGAGAGAGAGAGAGAGAGCAUGAUUGCCUCAUGAUUUGUGAGCUUUGCAUUUUAGCACUUUAGUCAGUUUAAGUUCUCUUGGAACUGGGAGAGAACAUUCAGUUAGACGAGUACUGUGUUGUAAUGCCAUGGUGCCACAUUCUAGAAAUGUUAUACAUUCAAACAGGCGAUACAUGGACUUCAGAUUAUUCCUACAAAUAUCAGUGCAAACGACACUGCCACUGGCAGUUUGUUCAGUAAGUAAAUACGUUUGUGAAUACAUGUUGUAAAUUCCCUUUCUUCUCAAUAUUAUUAACAAAUAGUAAGUAAUUAUGAAUAAAUCCAUUUUGUUUUA